CUCAGUCAGACUCCAAAAAGCAGCAUGAAGCUCCUGGUCGUUCUCAGCGCCGUGAUGGCAUGCGCCUUGGCCAGGCCAGGCCUCGGCUACAGUAGCUGGGCCCUGCCCGGAGGACUGGUCGCCGCUCCAGUAGCUCCAGCCUUUGCCGCUCCCAUCGCUCCUACUCUCGCAUACCGCUCCUACGCCGCUCCAGUCGUCGCCGCCUCACCAGUGGUCGCUGCCUCUCCAGCAUUCGCCGCCUACAGCGCCAUCCCAGCCUUUGCUCCCUUUGCCUCUCCCGUAGCUGCCCCAGAAGCUGCCGUCGCUAAAUCCGAGGCUCCAGCUGCUGCUCCAGCUGAAGCUCCAGCCCCAGCUGAACCCGCUUCCGAUGAUGCUGUUGCAGUAGAAGCUGCCCCCGCUGACUCCCCAGCCCCAACCGAAUCCUCCGCAGCAGCAGAAACUCCAGCCCCUGCUCCAGCUGAAGAAACCCCAGCCCCUGAUGCCCCAGCUCCAGCCCCAGUUGCUCCAGUUGCUCCAGUUGCCUCAGUCGCCUCCGUCGCUGUCCCAGUUCCCGCAUGGGCCCCAGCUGUCGCACCAGCUCCAAUCUUCGCUGCACCAGCUGCCGUCGCCGUCGCUGCUCCAGUCACCAAGUCCCAGUACCACGCUCAAGAUGAAUUCGGCAACACUGCCUACGGACACGCUGAACCAGGUUCCGUUCACAGCGCCGUCCAGGACGCUGCAGGUAACAGAGUUGGAAGCUACAGCUACCUGAACCCCACUGACGGACAGGUCCACAGAACCGACUACGUCGCCGAUGGCUUGGGUUACAGAGUUGCCGCUAACGAUCUUCCAGUUGGUCCAGCCGCUCCAGUCGCUGAUACCCCUGAGGUUGUCGCCGCUAGGGCCGCCCAUCUCGCCGCUCACUCUCGUGCCCGUAGGAGCGUCCUCACCACUCCAGCCUCCACCGCCCCUCUGGCCACUACAGUAGUCGCCCAUGUCGCUGCCCCCUUGGCCUACGCUGCCCCAUGGGCCUAUGCCGCCCCAGUCGCAGCUCCAGUUGUCGCCGCACCAUAUGCUGCUCACUUUGGCCUCCCAGCCACCCUUACCACCGUUGUCAACACCCCAGGACAUGCCGUCUCCUACAGGAUCGACUGAAUUGUAUAGGUUGAAGUGAGACCAGAGCUUUUGAGACCUGAGUUGGGUUUCACCUACUACCUAUAACAUAUUGACUGUGAAUUUAUUAGUUUCAUAAUAAAUUUAUUUAAUUUUUACGAAAAUUUACCACAUACCCAAGUAAUUAAAUAACUUCAUUCCAAGAUCCAUUCAUACAAAUAAUUAAAGAAU